GGACAUUGUUGUCGCUAUGAUGUAAAUAUGCCUUGUCAAUAAUAUAACGAGAAUUGUUAAAGAAUUUCCUAGUCGCAUUCUCCUUUUAGUUCUAAAGUGCCGUUUCGAAGAGACUUACGUCAUUCGGAGCAUUAUGAAACGUACUAGUUUAACGUGCCCCUUCUGUGCUCAUUGAUAAAGACGAUAAUAGCUGGACAUUAGGUACCUGCGAAAUAGUCGGUUACCCCGAUUAUAAGUCCUGACGAUUGUGGACAAUGGUCCUCUAGGUAGUGCGCGAUGGCAUGAUGGUUGAGUGUCUGAUAUUACCGGCUGAGAAGUAUAAAAUUCUCAAUGAUUAUCACAGAUGUCUUCGUUGUCAUUUGCCUGAUAAUACAUAAGUAGAUACAAUAUGUAAAUGAAUGUAUAGUGGGAUCCGUGAAAAGUGGCGCCGCUUUCUGUAUUUUUGCGCUACGUUUACUCUUUGACGAUCUCUGUCUUUUUUACUUUACCAUACGCCGAGUAUAUCUCUACGUAACUUUUUGAUAGGCCGAACGUUUCCUGGGAGAAGUGAUACAGAGGUGAUAGUCGGCCAUAGAGUAGGGUAGGAUCAGGUAAAAUCCAGUGGGAGCGUAGAAGUCAAGAGUAACGUUAAAAAUUGUGCUAACGGCAAAUUUGUAUGGGAUAUUGAAAAUAGUAUUGAGAAAAAGAGCGCAGAUUGGUACUCUUAAUUGAAAUAGACUCUUCGCUAGGUCUUGAAAGGGAGUUUAGGAUGAUAAAGAAGAGUAGGUGGAUGAAGACUGGAGAACGGUGAACGUGAUUGUAUUGUAUACGCCUACCUAGUAUUCAUUUUAAAAGACGGGGACAGUGAUCCGUGCUCAUUUUAUUAUAAAUAUCAUGCAUGUUCCUGGUAGUUUUCCUGAGGAAUGCGUAUGUGAUAUACUAUUGUACGUCGCUUGUGUUUUGAGGAUUUCGCAUUUUGAUUUGGACACUACCAGUCGGGGUUAGUUAACUUAGAAUAUUUCGAAUUAUAGCGGCGCUUCACUUAGAGGUGAGAUUAGUGAAAUGUAUGUCGUGAAAUUGGAGCGUGUCGCUUAGAAAGGAAGUACUAAGAAGUAUACUUCUCCUCGUACGUACUCUCCAGAGGUUGAGAGCAAAAGCUUGAAAAUGACGUAGGAGGAGAACUCGUCGACGGAGCAGAGGAAAGAAAUGCGGUACUUCUGGUGGAUUUGCUGGUUCCUUUGGGAGAGUUUUACAACUCUCACUGCUUACCCAAUUUCUUCUCCAGUCCUAACAGAUUCACUAGAUGCACAGGAGUACCGUUCACCUUGGUAUUGGGAACGUUAUUGGCUCCGAUAUACUGUUGGACUCUUCAGUAUUACUGUCACCGCAUUUACUUUGGUUGGAUGUCUGUGUUGCAGAAGACAUCGGCGUCCUGCAGGAUUUCAAGAAGGUGGAGGAAAAUGCGAGCAGGAGUUUAAAGAUGGCAGUACUGCAGGGCAUACAUCAACCUUUGAGAGCUCUCUUGGCAGUCUGGAGCUAGAGGUGUCGCGGACAGUGGCUAUAGUCGAUCGUGUUCAAUUUGAGCCCCUACCAGUGGAACGUAUUGUUCCUAAUACCAAAGCAGCGAUCAAACCAAAGCCACCACCACCUUCUCCUUCCUUAUUUGGAGAAGAUCAUGAUGCAGAUCGAUCAGCGUUGCAGGAACCAUGCCGAGAAUGGUUUGACACUGCCGGUCGCCACAUACCCAGGGAGAAGCUUAAAUAUCUUCGAGAAAUUGGACGUGGGUGGUUUGGUAAAGUGGUUGAGGGUCAAGCAGACUUUGGAAAUUCGAAAACUACCUUGAAGAAUGGAGGCGUCGUAGUGAGAAUCCUCACCGAAGAAGCAACUACAAAGGAGAAAGCUUGGUUUCUUGGUGAAGCAACACCGUACCUGAAACUACGCCAUCGAAAUGUUCUCUCUCUACUGGGUUCUUGUUUGGAAGCUGAUCCAUACUUGCUCCUCUUCGAGUCAUGUCCACCCGGUGACCUCAAAGGAUUUCUUCUCUCAAAUCGUGAUUCUCGUUCUAAGGAUGCCCUUCUUAAGGAAAACAUACCCACUCGUAUUGCAAUUGAAAUAGCAACUGGUUUGCGACAUAUGCACGAACAUGGAUUCGCUCAUACCGAUUUAUCCGCGAGGAACUGUCUCAUUGCAUCUGAUCUAUCUGCGAAGCUGGGCGAUUAUGGAACCGGGGUAGAGAAGUAUCCUGGUGAUUACUACAUUGUCGGCGAUAGAGCAUUGCCUAUAAGGUGGUCCGCACCAGAGAGUAUAGAAUGUACAGAAACUACCAUCGAGACUUGGGAGAUUACUCCUCAAGCAAACUUGUGGAGUUUUGCUGUUCUUCUAUGGGAAAUUGUGACUUGGGGCGAACGACCUUACGAUAAUCUAGGCGAUGAGCAGGUUAUUGAGAUGUUACUUUCUUCAAAAUCAGAAUUUGAAAAGGCUGGCUCACACCUUCUUCUACAACGACUCGAACAUUGUCCACAGAAUCUCUACGACGCGAUGCAACCUAGCUGGAACCUAGAUCCAAUUAAACGGCCUACCCUCGAAGAAGUAAAGCGUAUCCUCAUUGGAGAAAAACAGGAAUCGGAAGACUUUGAGCAGCGAUGGGAAAACCUACGACCAAACACUAUAAAGGAGGAUAAAAGAAGUGCCAGUUUGCAAGAUCUACGGGGUAGCGUUGAUUCUGAACAUUGGUCACGUAUCGAAGAAGAGCUUCAUUCAGCACCACUGGCAUCCUUUCGCUUAGGACCUGGCGAACCUGUUAAGAAUAUCCCAGGCGCUAUACAAAGUAUAUCGCAGCAGGAGUCAGGCUCGGAAACCGAGGAAGAAAGUUGGCGUGGGAGAGUAGAGAGAGGAGCCUAUACAGAGAAAGUUCGACAGAAAUCGAAAUCUGUAGCUGAUCUAAUGGUACUUGUUCACAUAGAUUCGGAUUCCGAAGCUGAGUGGUCAAUGGGAGCUCAAGCUAUAGAAAAACCUGUUAAAAAACGUAUAACAGCCACCGGAAGUGAUGGCGAUCUCAGAAGCACCGUACUUGCUGAUGAAUUCGAUGAAGCCUUAAGGAAACUGCGUGAUCCUUUACAGGGCAGUAUACGGGGAUCUAAGAUAACUGACAUCUCGGAGAGGCCUAAGCUCUUAACCUUAGUGACAGAUCAGGAGAAGACACCAAUAUUAAGGUUAUCAUUUGGACCAAAGGAAACUGAGGUCAUACAAAAAACCGGUACGUUUAGUUCUAACGCCCCUGCGAAAGAUAUUAGUCAUCAGGAAGAACAUGUGUUGAGACUUUUAACCAAGGGAGACCCUAACCAGCCUCUCUUACGAUAUGUGCCUGAUCACGCAUCUUCUUCUGAGAACUUCAAGGAAACACAAGAAUUUCAAACAAUCUACUCUUAUUUGGCAGGGAGCGAGUAUGUCCCUUGCUUCUCGGAUAACUUUAAUGACGACAAUCUUGAUAGAACUGACAGUAAUAUAGUAGAUGUUGAUCUCUGGAAUCAUGUGCUGGAUUCAGCCCUUGAACAAAAAUUACCAGGUUUCUCUGAGGAGGGUGAUAUCAAGGUAGAAUCGGAAUCAUCGUCCUAUCCUGAAGAAGUAGCUCCUGAAUUAAUUGUGACAACAGCAUCUGCACCAGACACACCCCAAUCUCGUGGAAACUAUUCCGAAAUAGGAAAUGGAGAUGAUGAAUUGUCAACUGUGGAGGAACUCGACAUUGAGAGAAAGAAAAUUUCUACGGAUGCUGAAGAGGAGAUAGACAGGAAGCAUCUCUCUACUCCAGACGACGAGAGAAGCUCUGACUCUGGAUUUCGAGAUAAGGAAUCAUGUGAGGAAGAGGAAAGUCCUCUUCCCUGCAUCCCUCCGCCACCCCCACUACUUCCUCUCGUUCAUACCAUGCCGAUAUCCAUAUCACCGGAAGACGAGCAGCUACGGAUACUCUCCGAAUUAGAUGCUAUCCUCGAUGCUGAGUAUUAUGGUACUCCUACGAUUCCAGGAGGGUUGAUCGAGGAAGUGUUAUCACCGGAUGUCCUUGACGAUAAAAUGAUAAAAUCAGAAGAGACACCCCUUUAUACGUGUCCAGAAAUUCUUCAACAACGUCCUAGGUAUCAUAGCCCUGAUCUCGUGGAAGACUUAAGGACAAGUGAUAAUCAAAAAAGUCAGGAAUACGAAAUAUCGAAAGAUGAAAAUAACCAAGAAUUAGAAACUAAUAUUCAGAGUGAGAAAUCAGCUAUCUCCGAAGGAGAAGAAAGCGAAGAAGUACUAGAAAAGCUCAGUAUCAAUACCAAAGUAAAUGAUUCAACUAUCAGUAAUGAUUCCUCUCAUAAAGUUACUCCUCCGAAUGUUACAGUAACUUCUGUCUCAGAAUUUUAUCAAUUAGAUAAUACUCCAGCGAAUGUGGAUCAGUUAUCAACAGGAGAUAAUGAGAAUGAGGACGAAGAUAGCUCCACUAUUAGUUUACGUAGUGAUAAUUCGUACGUUUCCUUUUGUUUAGAUGAAGAGUUUGUAACAGCAAUACGAAAUGAGCUGAAGGAAAAGUUACCACGAGCUCAAAGAACUGUGGUAGAAGCUCAAGAGCCUCACGAUGACGAUGAGCCUUCCAUAGCAAGUGACACUGCUGAAAGUAAACGGUGGGAUGAUGAUGAUUCUGAAGAGUCCCAAGAACAAGGAAGUGGGGUAGUAGACAUAUCUAUUAGAUACAAUGUAUAUGGAACUCCUUUGAGUCCUAUCCUAGAAGAAAGAGAAAGUACAGUUACAUCUGAAUCUAUCAUAUCUAAAGAUGAUUCUAGGGAUGAUUCAAUAGCUUCAAAGGAGUCAGUUCCAUCUGAAGAUGUACUCUUGGUGGAUACCAGAACGAACAAAGCAGUAUUGCUGGAAGGAGUUGGAGAACAGAUGCCAUCUGGUCAAGAAGAUGAUAGAGAUACAUCCAACGAUGAUCUUUCUGACGACGAAGAGAAUGUUCAUUAUAACACUAGGAGUUCUUUACAACGUCACCCACUGGAGAACGAAUCUCGAAUACGGCCAGGAAAUAGUGGUUGUGGUCCAUUGCCAAGUCCUGAAGAAGAGGGAAAGUGGCAGCAACUUCCUCCACCAUUUCCGUUGCCAUUACCCACUCAAGAUGAUCUCAUGUCAACAAGCUUUGCUGGUGAACCAGAUUGGGAUAGUCAGGACGAGGAAGAGGAUGAUGAAGAUGAUGGUGACGAAGAAGAGGAGGAAGAGGAAGAGAACAGUUCUAGUUCCGGCGAGUUUGUUUGGAAGAGAUACGAUGAGCAGGAACCAGCUGGCAAAAUGGAGGACGAGGGAAUGAACGAUGAUAAAACUACAGGAGCGGAGUCUGAAGUGGAUGCUGAUGAGGAUGGAGAGGUCGAGGAUGAGGAAGAGGAAUUUACACCAUCUGCCUGGGACGCUACAUUGGCUCCACAUAGAUCAGCCCUAAGAUCUCCUGAUAAAACGCAGAAAUCCGGGGAUCAAAAGAAGAGCGUGUGGUUUAAGAAGCAGCGCUACCAUUGCGUCUACGAAUACCCUAAGGAGACAUUACCCACCGAAGCGCAGGAUCAGACAGUAACAACCUGGGAGCCAACUUCAUAUGCUGACUGGGAAGAAAUGAUGGACGAACCAAAAUUAGAUCUAUAUCCAUUGGAUUACGAUGAACCUGAUCAUGCAGGAAGCGAAGAAUUCUACGUGAGCAGUUCAAGCCGUCCAUUCCAAUUUCAAGCUGGCAAUGGAAAAUACGUUAGUCAGUUCUUCCCAGGGGCAAAUUCCGGCAUGUUACAGCAAUGUCAGCAACCGGAUCAGGCACAGGAGACUCAUUUGGAUCAAAACGAUCAGCAAUCCUAUCAAGAUCAACAAAAUCAACAUCAGUUAGGCGAACUGAGGCAUACCAGAGAUCGUUUGAAGUUAAAUCUACUGUCGUCUAAUGGUACUAAUGUGAUACCAUGUAAUCCCACAACGCUAAGUAAUGAUAUCCACGAGAGUGCAGUUGAUUCAAGAGCAGAGAAAGUACAAGAACCACCAGAAGUUACGAUCCUCGAACAAGAAAUAGUAUCACCAACCGUACAAAAUGAAAAAGAGUGCAAGAGUGACAGUUCUCCGGUAAAACCAGACUUGUCACCUUGCAAGACUGUCGACGAUGAUAAACUGAUGGUUGUACCAACCGGACUACCAUAACCGUCCGAAAAUCAUGAAAACGUCCAAACAAACGAGACGUGUAGUGUACUAGGACACGAUUAGAAAAUUCAUCAUUAAUGAGAAAAAGCUGUAGAAAAUGACAGAGUUCAAGAGAAGAGAAUACCCGAUUGGCCAAAGUCCGUCCGUAUGCAAUCUCGUCAAUUAGACAGUGUUUCCCUGCAUCACAGACGAGAUUAUUACUGUACUUUCAAUCCCAAUUUUUUGUAUAUAAUAACACAGGUCUAGCAAUUACGAUCUUACUAUUGCGAACCGAUCGGCAAUUUUAUAUAGACACUUAGGUUUAUGCACUGGCUUAGCGAUAUCUAAUGUUUUGUCAGGCACGUUUCUCAUGAAAUUAAUUAUGUUUCUCCGUCCAAAAUUAUAGAGAUCUCAGCCACGCGUUGUUGAUCGAACGACUUCUCGUACCAGACGAAAAGUAAAAUGGUCAAGAAUAGCGUAGAAACGGUAUUAUACAAUAAUAGCUCCCUUGCAUGCCUGUCCUCUGCCAGGCGAACACUGGAGUUCAAAACGGAAAAUAAGUAAAGGGAGGAAGCUGAUAUAAAACAAGGACAAACCAUACUUAAAAUCAAGAAUCGAGUAAAUUUCGUUAUGCGUGUAAAUAUUUAUUAUUUUAAUGGUACAGUGUACGCAUCAAUGGUAGUGCCUAUAUUUUCAGUCAUCAUCGUUUCAUUCUCACUCGUUAAUCAUUAUUACUUCAUGGUUUCAAUUUAUAUAUAUAUUCAUGCUAUACAUAUAUAUUAUUAUUGUUAUAAUUAGUCGCAGACUGCUCUCUAUUUUACAAAUAAUUAUAACGAGCGCAGCUCAAGUCUGCGCUGCUCGUUAUCCCUCAUAUGUUGCCCUUUUAGAACGCGAACCUGUGAUACUGGUUGCAUUAAUUAGUUCUUGUUUUUUUCUUUUCUCUUGUCUAUUUUCUUUUUGACAGCCGCACGUUGUGUGGUGAAGAAAUCGUACUUUGAUAGUUAUAUGGUGAGGAUCAUGUAUGGGAACGUGUUGUCUGUUUUUUGAUUUAUUGUGUCAGAAUUGCUUGGACUGUUUUGAAAAGAAAGAUAAUUUAAAUAAUGAUGGUAAAGAUAGGCAUUGCAGAUUUUGCAAGAGAAAUUAUUUGUAUAUUAUAUCUUUACUGGAAAUCUCAAAGCGUAGAAUAAACAGGCAUUAUUCGGUUAAUGAAUUUAAACGAUUUUUAUCUUUUACAAAAAUAUCUGUACCACGAAAAUUGUUCAUUUUAUAUCGUAGCGUAUUUCACAGCUUGGCAUAUAGACAUUAUUAUAUAUUUUUAAAAAAGUGCUUACGGUGCUUGCUAUAUAUAUACUGUCGUUACUGGCAUCAUCGUGAUCAUCACCGUGACUAUUACAGCAGUUAUCGUUAUUAAAGUUACAUCAUAACUCUUAUCACUAUUCGUAUUACUCUGUUGCGUCUAAGUUCUAACACAGUUCUAUAGUCAUUACUUAUUAUCAUUAUCACUUUCAUCAUCAUACAUGUUCAUCAUUAUUACAAUCUAUAGAAUAACAUCCAAAUAGAGGACGAUUAAUAUAUUGUUAUAUAGAAUCAGUAUAUCGUGAUAAUCGCCUGAUGUUUUGAACACGAUAUCUUCAAUCAAGUAAAUCAAUAAUUUAUAAA